AUGUCUUCUAUCACGGACGUUAGUGAGCGUAAAAUUCGUCCGAUUUAUGAGGCGAUUGAUAGUUUAAAUUAUAAGUCCGCGUUAUCGCAUUGUAACAAGUUGUUGAAGAAGCAACCUAACGCUCUCAUAUUAAAGGCUUUGAAGGGUUUGAUUCUAGAGAGAACUGGUAAAUCCGACGAAGCAUUACAACUAUGUGAUCAACUCUUACUAUGGUUUAUCGGUCGUUGGGGAAACGCAAUUGACGACAUUGUUCAAUUAUAUGAAAAUGCCACGCGUCAAAACCCUAAUAACGAAGAACUCGGCAACCAUUUGUUUAUGGCUAUGGUUCGAAAUGGUGAUUAUAAAGGGCAGCAACAGGCUGCUUUGAAAUUACACAAGACAUUUGGCGUGAACAAAUAUUUAUUUUGGGGCAUUAUGAGUUUGGUAUUACAGGCAGAAAAUGCUCCUGCAGGUCAAUCAUCAAUUUUCAUGACAUUGGCCGAGCGCAUGAUGCUCAAAGCAGUUCAAGAAGGUCGAUUGAAACUGACUGAAGAGGUCCAUCUUUACUUGAUUGUUUUGUUGACGCAAAAUAAAACCAAGGAGGCUCUGGAAGUUUUGGAAGGCGACCUUGGUCAAAUAUGUAAGCACGAUACCGAGAUAAAGUAUAUUCGGAAUGAUUUGCUUCUAAAAACUAGCAAUUGGUCCAAGGCAAUUGAGAUAAGCAAGUUAUCGUUAACUGAAACGAACAUAGAUGAUUGGGGAGCAUAUUUAACUUAUUUGGAAUCUCAAUUUCAUCUCAUCAAGUCUAGUGAGAAGGAUGAAAAUGGAGAAAUUUUGAAUAAGGCGACGAUAUUGGAUGAUGCUCGCGAGCUGUUACGUUCAUUGCAAGAGAAGGGAGGGAGUUCAAGCGAUGUGAAGCGAGGUCCAUUUCUUGCCGAGUUGGAAUUAGAAUAUCGAGUCAUUUCGGAGUUAAAAGAUUGCAAACCGGCACAAGAAAUUGACAUUUUGGCGAUUGAGUAUUUUCGAAAGUUUGGAGAGAAAUCAUGCUGCUUUGAGGAUUUACAACCUUAUUUGAAAAGUAUUCCGCUGGAAACCUCCAGGAUGAUGGUCGAAGCAUUCAAUGCUUUGAUUGAUAGCACUUGUGAGGAUGUUAAGUCAAGGAUUCAAAAUGUUCAUAAGAAUAUUAAUGUUAAUAAGUUGGAAAGAUAUCUUGGGUUAUUAUCGGAUAUCAGCGAAAGUGAUGCAAUAUUAUAUGUUAAUAAGUUAUGGAGGUCAUACAAUGACGCUCUUCAGUAUGGUGUAGAGUUACUAGACACUGAAAAUCAAUAUGGCGACGAAUUUGUUAUCCUGGCAUCUCACCUUCUUAUUGAUUUGUAUCUCAAAAAAGGCCAGAAUUCUUUUGUACUUCAAGCAAUUUUCCUAUUGGAGAUGGCUUUGUGUAAAAGCAAAUACAACUACCAAUUCAAAUUGCUACUCGUUCGGCUUUAUCAAAUUCUUGAGGUCUCUCGAGUUGUACAAGUCUAUGGAUAUAAAGCAUGUUCAACUGGACACCAUGAGGUUUUCAAAUGUUUACGAAACAAUCAAUGCGAUACUGUAUUGUUAUUAAUGUAUUUCUUUAACAUUGUUUACAGCCAUUACAUUUGUGCCCGGUCGUCAUCUUUUGCAUUUAUUGGAGAAGCUAUUCGAGCAUGUCAUGAGACUCUUCAAAUAUAUCGCAGUAACGAUGCGGAGACACCUGAAAUGAUAAUUCAGGCGUUUAAGCUUGCCACCUUUAGCAAGGUGCAAGAAUUUAUCAAGUUCCGUAAGGAAUUAGAUUGUUCUAUGCAAAGGGUUCUUUUAUAUAGGGAAAUAGUACGUCUUGAUAUUCUGAGCAUAUCAAAAGAUCUUAAGAAUACAAUGGAAUACUUUGAAAGAGAUUUGGACUCGAUCAUUGAUCUUAGCUAUGAUGAUCCUUUUUGUGCAACUCUUUAUGACCAUAGAGAUUUUACAGUAAUGACUAAUUGUAAUCCUUCUGGCACCAAAUCUUUCGAGGAAGUUACAAGAGUGUCACCCACACUUAACAAAGCUUGGUUGAAAAUUUUUUCCCUCAUUCCACGAAUUCUCAAGACCCUGUAUGCUAAUAAUAACGCUGACGACUUAAUAAUAUUGAUUGAGGAAUUAGAGAAUUUAAUAACAUUAGAGGAAAGACAUAUAGGUGAGAUAGUUUCAAGAUUGGGUCGUCUAUACAUUACGACGAAAGAAGUUCGAGCGGGUCAAAAGGAAUCUAGACAAAAAUUAUCAAAAACUAUUGACGGGAUCAUUUCUAUCUUAAAAGAUUUCUGCAAAGAGGAUUUUACCAAAAUUUCACUACGAGAGCUAUCUUGGAAACACUUGCAUCAACUUUCAACUUUUCUGGAGAUCCAAGUAAUCCAAACUUUGAAAAAAUCUGUAAAAGAAAAUCUUGAGCGAUUAAACGAACAAUUAAAUGAAUUCAAAAAGAAAUUAGAGAAUGAAGAAGAGUUGUAUUUGGAUCUUUUAUCAUUUAUCAAAUCCGAAAAUGGAUUUAUAGAAUUUUGUGAAAGUGAGUUAAAGACGUGGGAUUAA